GUUCUGUUCAACUCUUCACAGCUUGCCAAUCGAGCACGGACAGAAAAGGAGGACAAGCUGUCCCAAGCCUAUGCAAUCAGUGCUGGGGUUUCUGUGGAGGGCCAACAGCUAUUCCAGACUAUUCACAAAACCAUCAAAGACUGUAAAUGGCAGGAGAAGAACAUUAUUGUGAUGGACGACGUCGUAAUCUCGCCGCCUUACCAGGUUGAGAACUGCAAAGGCAAAGAGGGAAGCGCUUUAAGUCAUGUACGCAAAAUAGUUGAGAAACAUUUUAGAGACGUGGAAAGUCAGAAGUCCAUGCAACGUUCACAAGCACAGCAAACACAGAAGGACUCCACUUUAUCUUCUUGAGUUGGCAGUGUGGGUCGGCCGGGGAAGGCGACGCGGGUGGUUUUUCUCCCACUGCCAGACUAAGUCGGCAUUCCUUGUCCUCAGUCUGAGACCACAAGGAGGAGCGCUGAGGGCCCUGGAUCCAGAAGAUCAAAAUACCAUUAAAUGAAAAAGACAAAAAAGAAAGAGGAAAGAUUAAAUCUUAAAUUAGACUUUAUAAAGAAUAAUUUAAAACAUGAACCAUAAAGCAACCAUAGUUUCCUUAACUAACUUGUCUCAUUCUGCCCCUUCUCCUCCCCCUCCUCCUCCUCCCUUCCUGUCCCUGAAGCCUUUUCUUUUUCCGCCCUCCUUCCUUUGCCUUCAGUUCCAUUUCAAAAAGAGAAAACUAGAGCAGUCAGAAAGGCUUGUUAGCUUUAUUUUCUGUCAUUGUUUCCUUUUUUGCUGUAUCCAUGUUCUACUGUCUGUAUUUUCUGUAUUUUAAACAAA